AUGCAGGCCACCGAGGGCAAAGAUGGCGUCUUCAUGAAGAUUCAGAUCAAUUUUGGCCUCGACCAAGGCGUGUUCAACAACACCCAGGCAAUGUCACCAUUCGCUCGUAAGUUUGGUGUAUUCAAUGCGAAAACUCAAACCUACGAGCUCGAGACAUACUAUCUCUCCCUAUUGAGCAGUCUUACCUACGUCGGCUUCGCCUUCGGUCUUGUCACGGGCAACAUCCUCAGCGCUAAGAUCGGACGAAAGAGGUGCUUCAUGGUGAUGUGCUUCUGGGCCAUCCUGGGCGCGACCAUCUGCAUAACCACGAUGACGAACAAAUGGCAGAUGGUAGUCGGGCGUAUCAUAUCGUACGUAUAUAUCGGUAUGGAACUGGCGCUUGUACCCGUAACACAGUCCGAGCUUGUCCCAGCACCGGUACGAGGUGCCACCGUCGGUACAUAUCAGUCUGCGCUGCUUAUCGGUCAGCUCAUUGCGUCACUGAUAUGCCGAGGCACUGGCGAUAUCAACGAUGACAGGUCCUGGCGCAUUCCACUUGGCAUACUGUUCAUCAUCCCGGCCAUUAUGCUAUGCACUGUGUGGUACAUACCCGAAAGUCCACGGUGGCUGCUGCAAAAGGAUAGACCUGAAGAAGCUAUUAAAAACUUGCACUUAUUGCGCCAGGGCAAGUUCACCGAAGAAGAGAUUCAACAAGAAUAUCGCGGAUUCCAGAGCACAUUGAAUGUGACCGUUGAGAAGGGAAGGUUUAUUGAGCUAUUCCAAGGAACCAAUCUAAAACGCACACUCAUCGUCUUGGGUGUAAACAUCUUCCUGCAGCUGACAGGGCAGAACUUCGUUUCCGUCUACGGCGCCAUCUUCAUCAAGAGCAUAGGUGUCAUCAAUCCGUUCACCAUGACCUCCAUCAAUACUGCCGUGAGCAUCGUAUUUGUUUUCAUAUCCCAGCUCGCAACGGACAAGACUGGCCGGGUACCCCUGAUGUUCGUUGGCGCAAUCAUUCAAUGCAGUGGACUCAUGACCAUGGGAGGUCUCGGAACAGUCGCCAGUCCUUCCUACUCAAUCAAAGCUGCUAUCGUAAGCAUGGUAACCGUCUUCGGCGUCGGCUUCCAACUCGGCUGGGCACCUCUUUCGCACGUCGUGGCCGCGGAAAUCCCAACUCAGCGCCUCCGUGAUACAACUUAUGCACUCGGCUCCGUCUUCAACAUUGCCAUCCAAUUCGCUGUUUCUUUUUCCAUCCCCUACCUACUCAACGAGCCGUAUGCCGGGCUGGGAAGCAAGGUUGGGUUCAUUUUCGGGGCUACGGCAGCGGGCGCGGUGCUUUUCACGUGGUUUUCUAUUCCUGAAUGCAGUGGUAAGACGCUGGAGGAGAUCGACGAACUGUUUCUCGAAGGUGUGCCUAUCAGGAAGUUUGGAAAUGCUAGAGUGAGUUCGCCGAAUGCGGAAUUUGAGGGCAACGGGAAGAAAGGUGAUAUGAAGAUUGAAUCAGUUAAGGUCUAG